UACGGUAAAAUAAUAUCAUUUAAAUAAAAUAAAUCUGACUGAUCACAAGCCGUACCUUUGAUAUAUAAGAAAACAACGAAUACUGUGCGAGUUAUCAAAAUAACAUGCAGUUCCACUGUGAAGACGGCUUAGAGCUGUUAUCGAGGUUCAGAGAGAAACCAUCUUCUAUUAACCUCGACGAAGUUUUGUUUCCUACUGGCAUUAACAAUGACAAACUCAUAGAAAUUGUUGGAGCGUCUUCCACCGGGAAAACUUUACUGUUAUGUCAAUUUUUAGCAAAGUGUAUAUUACCUACGCAAUACAAAGAAAUCAAGAUCAAUGGAUGCAAUGCUUGCGCAAUAAUAAUUGAUACACUUGGUCAAAUCCAAAUUGGUAAAAUAUCAGAACUUAUGGCUUCUAUGAUACAUAAUGCCUAUCAAAAUAUUAGUAUAAUUCCACCAGUAGAAAUAGUGAACUCUAUUAUAAAUAAGUCUCUGGAAAACUUGACAGUAAUCAAGUGCUGCAACAAUGAUCAGUUCCAGAUUGUUUUAAAUAUGUUGGAGAAUGAGCUGCUUGGCAAUGAAAAGAUUGCUCUUUUAGCUAUAGAUAACAUAUUUGCAUAUUAUUGGCAAGAGAGGUGGGAAAAGGGUAUUCUCAGUAUGGAUUCUUAUGUAAAAAGUUUGAUCAAACUUAUACGAACACGUACAUCUCAAUUUAAAAUUGUAACAAUAUAUACAAGAUGGGAUAGACCAAUGUCCAAAAGUAAAUCAUACACAAAAGAUUAUCAGACAGAAGGGAUGGGCACUAAUUAUAAGUUGCAGCUUUAUAGAAAUAAAGAAUCUUGCAAGUUUGUAUGCCAUGUAAAAUCGAUGGAAGAUAUAAAAAACAUUCAAUAUAUUAUUUAUAAUUCUGGUAUAAAUUGGAUUCUUUAAUAGUAUGUAAAACAAUUUUUAUCAGUAAUCAAUUGAAGAUAGAAGA